AUGUUGGGCGAGGGACCUGGGGAGUGCCCGCGCGCAGCUGCGGGGGGACUGGGGGUAGGGGGGAGAUCCUGGUGUUGGGACCUGGGGGAAUGUCAGGGGAGGCUCGGGAGGGCCUCGGGUGUGUUGGGGGGGCUGGUGGCGGCCUGGGGCUUGAGACUGGCUGGCGGCGCUGCGGUCUCAGGGGGGGUCCAGCUGUGGGUGCCCUGGACUGACCUGGGGGCUGGGGCGGGAAGUGGGACUGGGGUGGCUGGCUGGUUAGGGGGGGGGGCACUGGUGGGGGGCAGGGGGGGGGGGGGGGCAGUGGGGGCUGAAGGGUGGGCGGGGGAGGUGGGGUGCUGGGGUGCUGGCAGAGGGAGCUAG